AUGCCUGAAUUCCCCGUUCGCCAAGAGGAGUCGAGAGCCAGGAGUCCAGAGUCAGGAGUCCAGAGUCCAGAGUCCAGACGCGGCCCAGUCCACUUCAAAUCGGGCACGGAUCUCGGAGACGGGAGCUUUUACUCUGAUUCUGCACCCGCGUCACCAGUUUCCCCGUCUUCAGAGCAAAGUCGCAAGACUCCGGCGCUUCGUUGGCAACAAUGCGGCGCGGAGACCUACCUUAACCGACGGCAUUCGCAGCUUCGUUCAGGACUAUUGCCGACAUCAGCGCCUGCACCAGCAUCGCUUCCGACAACGUAUACAGACAUCAUUACGAGCGGCGUUCAGAAAAAGCGCGCUUAUCACAUCGGACGGCACGACUCAAUGGGUCUGCUGCCAUCGAUAAGCUACCAGUCUUUUUGGCUUACCGUGGCAUAUUCCCACGACAAUGUAAUCCGUACAGAUAACGAAACGGCAGUUUAUUACUUCUGA